UGCAGACCCAACUGGGGUGCAUUUUAUGUUCUGUAUUGGUCAUAAGAAUUUAAAAAAUAACACCAAUAACCCCAUCUCCUGGGCUGCUGUUCUUCAUUUUGAUGGACCUCGUACUGCAGUUAAUCAAAUGCACUGGAAAGGAGAAAUGAACCUACCUACGGAUGCGCCACAGCUGAUCCAACGUCUAUCUGCCUUCCCCUUAAAACUCUGAACAACUCCCCCAUCCCAAAGCAUCAUUCUGCCACCAUUUUGUUUCAAGGCACGUGUCAUACGCCACCGCGGCCGCCGUGGGGCGCUUCUUCGACACUGACUCUCAGCUGCUGGAAGGAGGUAGGAUUGGAGCGGCGCAGAUCAUCUCCAUCCUCCGCAGUCUCCUUCUCAUCCUGCCCUUCGGAUUGACUGUCGGAUCGGCGCGCAGACCAGACUCCAACCCGCAAACGUGACGGCGGCCGCGACUACAGCCUUGCUAUCAGCCCGAGCUCCAAUCCAGAGCACAACAGCAUGUGAAUGGCUACAGAGAGCGGCAGAGUAGUCAGAGAGGGGCAGGAGGAGCUCCCGGCCUCCGGAGCCGCCGCGGCUCACUCACACACGCUGAGCCACAGCCACAUCCAGUUCCAGCCCCUGACACGCACCUCCCAGUGGCAAGCCACUCUGGAUCACACCAGGAGUCACAGUCACACUCAUCACUUCAUCACUCCCUCGCACACACAGCAGCAGAGGUAUAGCUGUCGCCUCACACGCAGUCUCUCGGCCAUGACCAAAGCAGAGAGAGGAGGGCAGGGCUCUGCGGGGAAGUUCACCAAGCCCAGCGAACCCUUGUUUCCCAAAACUCUACAGCAGACAAACUUGAACCAGAAGUUGUCCAUAUGCAGCAAACUAUGCUUUGCAAUCGGUGCCGCUCCCAAAGAGGUGACCUCCAGUGCUUCAGCCUUCUUCCUGCAAAUCUACCUGCUCGAUGUUGCUCAGAUCAAUGCCUUCCAGGCAUCCUUGGUACUGUUCAUAGGGAGAGUGUGGGGCGCAGUGACUGACCCGAUCAUUGGGUUCCUUAUCACAAAGAGCAGCUGGACCAAGAUUGGCAGGCUCAUGCCAUGGAUACUGGGUUGCACGCCGUUUCUGGUGGUGUCAUACUUCUACCUCUGGUUUGUUCCUCCUUUUGUCACCGGCAGAUUCGUCUGGUACCUGGUCUUCUACUGCCUCUACCAAACCCUCAUCAAUUGUUUCCACGUGUCUUAUUCUGCUCUCACCAUGUUCAUAAGCACAGACCAGAAGGAAAGGGACUCAGCCACCGCCUACCGAAUGACGGUGGAGGUGAUGGGGACCCUUUUGGGCGCUGCCAUCCAGGGCCAGAUUGUGGCCAGCGCUCACACUCUGAAGCACUGCCCUACUCACAAUAUGUCUGCCAGUUACCUUGGAAACAGCAGCGGGGCAGAGAUCGUGAAGAGCCUUGUGCACUCUCAGGAGUACCUGUCACACGCUAAGGAGGUCUACAUGAUCGCUGCGGGUGUGAUAGGAGGAGUGUUCCUUCUCUGCACUGUGGUGAUGUUCCUGGGAGUCAAAGAGAAGGAAGAUCCCUAUGGCCCAAAGACGGAGAAGCAGAUCCCUUUCAUGCAGGGCUUCCUCAUGGUAAUGAGACACGGGCCAUACCUCAUUCUGACUGCUGCAUUCCUCCUCAUCACUGUUGCAAUUCAGCUGACACAGAGCAACUUCGUCCUCUUUUGCACUUACGCUGCUGGCCUGAGGGAACACUUCCAGAACAUUGUGCUAGUCAUCCUCAUUUCUGCAGUGUUAAGCAUACCAUUUUGGCAGUGGUUUCUGCAAAGAUUUGGAAAGAAGACAGCAGCUUUUUGUGGUAUCACGUGGAUCAUGCCCUUCACCAUGAUGUUGGUGUUCAUCCCUAACUUGUUGGUGGCUUACAUCGUGGCUGUCUCCUCUGGGCUCAGUAUAGCUGCAUCGUUGCUACUGCCAUGGUCUAUGUUGCCAGAUGUGGUAGAUGACUUCAGACUGAUUAACCCCUACUCUAAAGGCCACGAAGCCAUCUUCUACUCGUUCUACGUUUUCUUCAUCAAGUUGGCCGCCGGCAUCACCCUGGGAGUGUCCACUCUCUGCCUGGAGUUUGCUGGGUAUAAAACUGGCAGCUGCACGCAGCCCGCUCCUGUGGUGUACACCCUGAAGCUGCUGAUUGGCGCCGCACCCAUAGCCUUCAUCGUUACAGGGUUAAUGAUCCUGGUCUUGUAUCCCAUCAACGAAGAUGUACGGCGCAGGAAUAAACUCUGUCUGGAUGAGCUACGGAAGCAAAGCAUUGGCUCCACAACUUCGGAAGAUUUGAGUAACGCGUGAGCGGGAUGUUGGAGUGAAUUCACAAAGCCACGGAUUCCAGUCAUGACGCUGGAAGGUUGCUGUUUGGUGUAUAUUACACUGUCAAUUGGAAAUUGCUUUAAUGUAAACAUUUUUUUGUUUUAUUACCACACAUACUGUAUAGUCAUCUUGAAUAUAUAAACAUAUAAAUAAUUUAUAUAAAUGAAUGUAUAUUAUUUGCUGUGUUUAAUACUACGCUGUUAUUUAUUUAUGAUACACAUUUACAAACAGGAGAUGAAUAAACGCCGUAGAGACGGGUUAGGACCAAACACA